AUGGCCGCUGAGUGUGCACAAGUAGUCACGUUGGCCGACAAACAAAAAACCGCUGGAAAAUCCGUCCCACCUCCAAAGAAUAUCUGUCAACCCUUCACACUGCGGCUAGUUUUAGGGGUUCCGAUCAUCAAAGAGGAAAACAAAAUUUUCGGUGAUUUGGAAAGCCUCUUCUCAAAAUAUACGCGAAUCGAAGCUCUUCCCGCCAAUCAGCUUUCUGACAAGAUAGAUGUCGACCUUUUUUGGAGCCAUAUGCAGACUGGUGUAAACUCUGUUGUGAAGCUGUUGGAGGAUGCGGUGCGUGAGACUUCGACGCCCAAAGCCAUGGAUCCCUUCGCCGUAGUCUUGCUUGACUUUGCAUGGCUCAACUCUCAACUGGGACAUCAUCUAGCCCACAUCUGCUCCGGCACGCCUCACACCAGCCUCCUUGCUGUCAGUCCUCCGGGGAAACUUGGCAAGAUGGUGAAUUCCUCCAGCAAGGUAAUCUGCGUGGGAAUUCGACCGUUAAUGACACCGCAAUGUGCGCGCCUGCCGCAGCUGCGCGACUUCCUUCGGGCUUGUGCCACACUGACCGGCAAACCACUGCCUCCUGACCCCGCGGCUUCUACCACGGCAUCGCUUGCUGCUGCGGCGGUGGCAGCGGCUGGAGGGAGUGGCGAAGGUGGAGGUGUGGCGGGAGCCACCGUCGGCUCCACGCCCCAGUACGUCCCCAUCUUGCCAAAGCCGCCUACUACUGUCUUCGUCUCCCCCCACGCCAGUAUCGACAUUACACCUUCUGCCUCUGCUGGAUACGUGGUUGCUGCUGGCGGUAGUGGCGUUGCGCCUGGUCUCAUCUCCAGUUCGCUGAUAGGUCAUCCGGGUCCAUCGCACGCCCCUAUUCAGAAAGCCCAACUGCCUGCAAAACCACCAGUACCACGACCAGCGGUUCGGCACAUUCCAGCUGACGACUGGCUCACUUACAAGUUGGACCAUAGCAAGCUUUACAAAUGCGGCGCAGACAUCUCCAAGGAGCUGGAGAAUCAUAGCCUCUAUAUCCACGACGUGGCCGAUAUCUGGGCGCUGUAUCCACGGCAGUUGCAAAAGCCGGACCUAGGGAUGCGACGCUCUGCGCCUCCGCCCCCAAAGUCCCAUAAAUCGCGCGCCUUGGGCCCGCCGAGCAAACAGCGUCGCACGGCCGCUGGUAGUCACCACCACCACGCCCCGCCACCACCACCACCUGACGACUACUUCGAUGAAGAUGAGGAAGAAGAGGAAGAUGAAGAGGGUCUGGCUGAUGUGGAUGAUGACGACGAGGCCUAUGAGUACCAUCCUGGCCCCUCGGCCUAUCCAGAAUCGCCUCCGUCGAGACACCACCGCUACUCGCGUCACCACCAGCAGCCAACACCGUCUCCGAAUGUUCCACGUGGAAUGUAUCAUCGGAAGCAGCAACAGCAGCAUUCUGAAUCGAGUGGGCAAUACAGUGGGUUGGGCAAGCGUCGCGCGCGUGGCGAUGGCACUAGUGGUGGCGGUGUCGGGACCCGCCGCUCACCCCGGUGGUAA